AAAAAAGAGCGAGGAGAGAAGCGAGCCGCGCUCCGGAUCGAGCGGCCGCCCCGCGGGAGGAGCAGCAGCAGCAGCAGCAGCAGCAGCAGCAGCAGCGCAGGUUGCAAGCUUGGCGGCUCGACUUUGCCGGAGCGCCCGGAUCGAGCUCCUCUUGCCCGGAUACCCUGAGCGGUUCGGGGCUCAGCUCCAUCGGCCUCCCACGGCGGCGGGAUCAUCCACGGCCGGCUCUUUCCAAGCGUGUCGGCCGGCCGGCCAGCCAGGCGGCCGAAGUCCCCGGGGUGGGCGGAAAAAAUGGCGAGGCGGCUGGUGCCCGUUGCUGGGCUCCGGUGCCCGGUGGCUUUGCUGCGGUUGGCGGUGGUAGCGGCGGCCCUGCUGGGUUCUCCUUCGUCGGCUCAGCCGGUCUCCUUCCAGGCCGACGUGAACGGCUACAGCUUGCACCCGCCUUACUUCAACCUGGCCGAGGGCACCAAGAUCUCGGCCACCGCGACCUGCGGCGAGGAAGAAGCCGGCGGCCGGAGCCCCCCACGCCCCGUGGAGGAUCUCUAUUGCAAACUCGUGGGAGGGCCGGUCUCGGGAGGGGAGCCCAACCAGACCAUCCAGGGACAGUAUUGUGACAUCUGUUCGUCAGCCAACAGCAACAAAGCCCAUCCCAUCACGAAUGCUAUCGACGGGACCGAACGCUGGUGGCAGAGCCCACCUCUAUCUCGAAGGCUGGAAUUCAACGAGGUCAACGUCACCUUAGAUUUGGGACAGCUGUUCCAUGUGGCCUACGUACUGAUCAAGUUUGCAAAUUCUCCCCGUCCGGACUUGUGGGUGCUGGAGCGAUCAACUGAUUUUGGAGUGACGUAUGAUCCAUGGCAGUACUUUGCCUCUUCCAGGAGAGAUUGCAUAGAGAAAUUCGGCCUCAGGAGCAGAGAGAAGAUUACUAAAGAUGAUGAUGUCAUUUGUACUACUGAAUAUUCCCGCAUUGUGCCUUUGGAAAACGGGGAGAUUGUGGUUUCCUUGGUGAAUGGGCGUCCGGGAGCCAUGAAUUUCUCGUAUUCCCCUCUUCUGCGGAAUUUCACCAAAGCGACAAAUAUCCGUUUACGCUUCCUGAGAACCAACACUCUGCUCGGACACCUGAUGGGGAAGGCCUUGAGGGAUCCCACGGUGACCAGGAGGUAUUACUACAGCAUAAAAGAUAUCAGCAUUGGAGGACGUUGCGUCUGCCAUGGUCAUGCUGACGUGUGUGACGCCAAGAACCCUAAAGAUCCUUACAGGUUACAGUGUGACUGUCAACACAAUACCUGUGGUGGGUCGUGUGAUCAUUGUUGUCCAGGAUUCAACCAGCUGCCUUGGAAACCAGCCACUACAGACAGUGCCAAUGAAUGUGAACCCUGUAAUUGCAAUGGCCACGCCUAUGACUGCUAUUAUGACCCAGACAUUGAGCAUCGGAAAGCCAGCAAGAAUCGUUACGACCAGUUUGAAGGAGGAGGGGUCUGCAUUGACUGCCAGCAUCAUACAACGGGCGUUAACUGUGAGAGGUGCAGUCCGGGAUAUUAUAAAUCUCCUGAUCAUACCAUAGAUUCACCUUAUAUUUGCUACCGCUGCAACUGUGACUCAGACUUUACUGAUGGCACCUGUGAGGAUUUCACUGGCCGCUGCUACUGCAAGCCAAACUACUCAGGAGAACAUUGUGAUGCUUGUGCAGACAAUUACGUGGACUUCCCCCAUUGCUACCCGAUCUCAGUUUUAUCUUACAAUGCUACCGGAGAACAGGUCCUUCCAGCUGGGCAGAUAAUAAACUGUGACUGCAACGUUGCUGGAACAAGUGGCAACACCUGCAGGAAAGAUGCUCAAACUGGGUUGUGUUUGUGUAAACCGAACUUUCAAGGGACGCAGUGUGAUCAGUGUGUACCUGGCUACUACGGACCAAAUUGCCAACUUUGCCAGUGCUCGGGACCUGGAUUCUACGAAGGGACCUGCGACAACGAAACUGGACAGUGUCUGUGCCGAAUUGGGUUUCAAGGCUACUUAUGCGACUCGUGUGCUCCUGGCUAUUUCAGCUACCCGCUCUGUCAACUUUGUGGCUGCAGUGCUAUUGGGACCUUGCCCGACGGCUGUGACGCUUCCGGAAAAUGCUACUGCAGACCUGAAUAUGGCGGACUCCAUUGUGAUCAGUGCAGUUUUGGAUAUCACUCCUACCCUCACUGCCAAGCUUGUUCGUGUGACCUUCGGGGCUCAGUGGACAGCAAUUGCAACUCCAUUGGACAAUGCAACUGCCAUUCAAAUUAUGUCGGACAAAGGUGCAACCACUGUGCCCCAGGCUUCUAUGGGUUCCCUUCUUGCACAGCUUGUGUCUGCUCCAUAGAAGGGGCUCUUUAUGAUACCUGCAAUCAAGAAACUGGUCAGUGUACUUGUCGUCCCAGAGUAACUGGGCUGCGCUGUGAUGCCUGCAUUCCCGGGGCCUAUGGAUUCCCAGACUGUCAAGUGGGAUCUUGCAACCCUGCAGGGCUUGUACAUGAAGAUCAUUCUCUACCUGAGGGUUCCUGUGAAUGUCGGGCCUAUGUGGAAGGUGAAGCUUGUGAUAAAUGCAAACCACUCUACUGGAACCUGACUCCAGAAAAUCCAUUUGGAUGCACAAGCUGCCAAUGCAAUACCAUAGGAACAAUGGCAGGCAUUGCUGAAUGCCGACAGGGUGAUGGACACUGUUUCUGCAAGCCAAACAUUUGCGGCCAAAAGUGUUCUACAUGUCGGGAGGGAUACUUCAAUCUGGAGAGCGGUAAUUACUUUGGCUGUAAAGGAUGCCAUUGUGACAUCGGAGGAUCAGUUGGUCCUUUGUGUGAGGAGAUGACGGGAUCUUGUCAGUGCAGGCACAAUAUCAGGGGACCUGCGUGCUCUGAUCCUGCCAAAGGAUAUUAUAUCCCUGAUCUUCACCACCUGAAAUAUGAGCUGGAAGAGGGAACCACCCUGGAUGGAAGGCCGGUUCGCUUUGGCUACAGUCCUCUGGAAUUUGAGAAUUUCAGCUGGAGGGGAUAUGCGCAAAUGUCCCCCAUCCAGAAUAAAGUCAAAAUCACGAUCCACGUACGAGAAGGAGAGCUCUACCUCUUUCAUGUCAUCUUGAGAUACAUCAAUUCAGGGAGCACGACGGUACUGGGCAAAAUCACCGCUUCUCAGCCACGAAAACGAGGUACCGAACAGACUAAGCAGAUUGUCUUUGGGCCAACCCAAGAGCCGACAUUUGUCACUGUUCCUCACCACAGCUUUGGAGAACCAUUUGUGUUGAGUCCUCAUGUUUGGUCCCUGAUCAUUGAAGCAGAAGAUGUCCUCCUUGAUUAUCUGGUUCUGCUUCCCAGCUCUUAUUAUGAAGCUCCUAUAUUGCAAUAUAAAGUAUCGGAUCCUUGUACCUAUAGCCCAGCUCCUGAACAUGUGGGUCAAAAUUGCUUCCUAUACAAGUACAUGCCUGUGGAGCAGUUCUCCUUUGUGUCAGGCGAAGAUGCUUUGUGCAAGUUGGAUGACAACUUACCAAGACAGUGUCCUGUAGAGCAGAUCUUUCCUACCUUCCCCAAAUUGGUGCUGUGUAGUGGCACCCACAUGGAGGUACAACUGGUAAUUCCUGUACCCCAGCCAGGGAAAUACGUGCUUCUGAUGGAGUAUGCCAAUGAAGAUACUCCACAGACCAUCGAGGUAUCUGUGAGCACACCACAGAAAGUUCCUCGGCUGGGCACUCUUAUGAUAUACACCUGCAAAUACAGUUUCCUCUGUCGUGGGAUCAUUGUAGAUUCCCAAAACCGCUUGGCGGCAUUUGAACUCGACACCGAGGCGAGAGUUCAGUUCACGGCAGGUCAGGCCCGCUUCUUUCUGUACAAAGUGUACUUGGUCCCCUACGAGCAAUUCACUAUGGAGUUUUUGGAGCCAAAAGUUCAUUGCAUCAGUACCCAUGGAACCUCAUCGCUGAACAGUAGUUCCUGUGUGCCAUCAAGAUAUCAGAAGAUUUCACAAUCGAUUGUCCUGGAGGAAGGACAGUCGCUACCCAUUGCUCCAGACUUGCCCCUAAUUCAUGCCAUUAGCAUCCCACCAGAAGGCAGUCUGCCAGCUUCCGCACCUCAACCUCCAACUUUGAUAGACACCUCCGCAAAACUCAUUUUCUUAAAGGCGCCUCAGACAGCUGUUGUGUUAAACGGCCAUAUUCAGACUCCAGGACGCUAUGCUUUCAUCCUGCAUUGUUAUCAGCCUGGUCACCCAACUUUCCCUGUUGAAGUGUUGAUCAACGGAGGGCGGAUUUGGCAGGGACAAGCUAAUGCUACUUUCUGCCCACACGGAUAUGGUUGCCGGAGUCUGGUGGUUGCAGAAAACCAAAUUGUUCUGGAUAUCACCGAAAAUGAUCUGAGUGUCGUAAUCCGUGUGCCAGAAGAUCGGCAUCUUUGGGUGGAUUAUAUCCUUGUGGUUCCUGAAAGCAUUUAUGGCUCCAACUAUCUUUCGGAAGAACCGCUGGACAAAUCCUACGAUUUCAUCAGCAGCUGCGGAGUCAACGGCUUCUACAUCAACCCUGUAACUUCAUCCAAGUUCUGCCAGGACUCUGCCAUCUCAAUUUCUCUUUUUUACAACGGGGCUGAACCUUGUCAUUGCCAUGAGGCUGGCGCUGUUUCGCGCCAGUGUGAACCAUUUGGGGGCCAAUGUACGUGCAGGUCCAAUAUCAUUGGGCGAGAAUGUUCCCGCUGUGCCACUGGAUAUUGGGGUUUUCCCAAUUGCCGACCCUGCGACUGUGGAUUUCGCCUGUGCGAUGAAGUGACAGGACAAUGCAUCUGCCCACCACGUACCGUUAGACCAGAGUGUGUGGUCUGUGAACCCCAAACCUUUGGCUGCCACCCCCUGGUGGGCUGUGAGGACUGCAACUGUUCGAGUUCUGGGAUCCAAGAUCAGACCGAACCAGGAUGUAAUAUAGAGAGUGGACAAUGCCAAUGCAAGCCCAACAUCGUAGGACGUCAGUGUGAUCUCUGUGCCCCAGGCUAUUACGGCUACCCCAACUGCAGGGCUUGUGACUGCCAUGAAGCAGGGACAAAGCCAAGCAUCUGUGACCCGGUCACUGGAGAAUGUCACUGCAAGGAAAACGUGGAAGGCCCGAGGUGUGAUCAGUGCCAUUUGGGGACAUUCUCCCUUGAUGCCAGCAAUCCUAAAGGCUGCACCAAAUGUUUCUGUUUUGGGGCAACUGAUCGCUGCCACAGUGCCAAGAAGUACCGUGUGGAGUUCACUGACAUGAGUGGGUGGACUUUGCUGAGUGGAGACCGCCAAGGAGCUUCCACUUCAGUCAGCUUGGAAGACGAGACUGUUCACGCUGAUCUGCGGCAGUUUCCAGAUGCUUUCCAGGAACUUUAUUGGCAUGCCCCCAGUUCUUAUCUUGGAGAUCAGGUCUCCUCUUAUGCUGGAUAUUUGAAGUAUGAGUUGCAUUCUGACAUUCAAAGGGGUGAUGUGUUCAUACCGAUGGAAUCUCGGGCGGACGUUAUCCUCAAGGGAAACCAAAUGAGUAUUAUGUUUGUUGAAGAGUCAUAUCCCGCUCCUGGAGAGGUUUAUCAAGGAGAGCUUCAGCUGUUGGAGGGUAAUUUUAGACACACUGAGACACACAACCCAGUCUCCAGGGAAGAGCUGAUGAUGGUUCUGGCUAACCUGGAGCAGCUGCAGAUCCGAGCUCUCUUUUCCCCAAUUUCGUCCUCUGUGUCCCUGCAUCGGGUGAUCCUGGAGAAAACCACGGAGACUGGUGGGAGCAUCCAAGCUAAUAGUGUGGAAUUGUGCCUGUGCCCAGCCAAUUACAGAGGAGAUUCUUGCCAGGAAUGUGCUCCAGGCUAUUACAGAGACAUCAAGGGUCUAUUUCUAGGGAAAUGCAUUCCAUGUGACUGCAACGGCCAUUCGGAUCAGUGUCUCCCGGGAUCUGGAACAUGCCUUAAUUGCCAACACAACACAGGAGGCGAGCACUGUGAAAGGUGUAAGGAUGGUUUUGUGGGCAACUCUUCCCUUGAGGAACACCUGCAAUGCAUAGGAUGUCCCUGCCCUCUUUCAGUUCCCUCUAACAACUUUGCCACGGGAUGCAUCUACAAAGGCUCCACCAUGCAAUGUCUUUGCAAGCCUGGUUAUGCUGGAUUUUCAUGUGAACGAUGUGCUCCAGGUUACUAUGGAAACCCUCUCGUGAUUGGCAGCUCCUGCCAGCCCUGCGACUGCAGUGGGAAUGCUGACCCCAACAUGCUCUUCAGUGACUGUAACACGUUGACAGGGGUCUGUACAGGAUGCAUGUACAACACAGCAGGGCCCCGAUGCGAAAUGUGCGCGGCUGGAUUUUACGGUGAUGCAGUCGUAGCAAAGAACUGCACUGAGUGCAGCUGUCUGCCCUGUGGAACGGACUCGUGUGAUCCUAAAACCGGCCAGUGUCGGUGUAAGCCUGGGGUGACAGGUCAGCACUGUGAUCGCUGUCAGGAAGGGUAUUAUGGUUACGAAACCUGCUUGGGCUGCCAGAGGUGUGACUGUGACAUUGGAUCGGUGAGCCCCAAUUGCCAUGCCCAGAAUGGCCAGUGCGAUUGCAGUCCAGGAGUCAGCGGUUCUCGUUGUCAGCAAUGCUCCCCUGGAUAUUGGGGGCUCAAUGCAGAUGGCUGCUCCAAAUGCCAGUGUAAAGGAGGCUCCUGCAACCCCCGCACAGGUGAAUGCACCUGUACCAAUGGCCUGACAGGGAAGCAAUGUGACACCUGUAUAAAGAAGCAUGAGAUCCCCGUGGUGGAUGGUCCAGACAACAUGAGAUGUGAAGCUUGUGACAGCUGCGUGCUGCUCUUGUUAGAAGAUCUCCAGAAGAUUGAAAGUGACUUCCCCGCCCUGGAACAUCAGUUGACAAGUCUCAAUACCACCUCAAUUGCCUGGGCCCGCCUGCACAGCAUCAACGGCUCCAUGCAAGCCAUUACUAGCCAAGUGCGCGAGUACCAGCGAUCCAUCUACAGGGUGAGGCAACAUGCCGAUGAGCUGGAAGAGGAGAACACAGAUUUUGUUCAGGAUCUGAACGCGCUUCAGCACAAGGCAACAAUGACGGACAGAAAAGCCAACCGUCUGAUGGAUGUUACCCAGCAGACCUAUCAGCAAGCAGAGAGCCUUGUUCUGAACGUCACUAAAAUUCAAAAUAAAAUUAAUGAUCUCAUACAUCAGAUGGACACUUUUACCACAGCCAAUGCUAGCUCCACCUCUGCGGAGGAGUUUCGUCAGAAGAUAGCUGAGGUUGAUGCUAUGCUGAGGCACAUGAAAGCCAUAGAUUUUAGUUUCCAGACCGCCAUUGCUGUUGAGGAGCGUGAUGAAACACAGGAUUUGCUGAACCGCGUGAGGAAUGAGCUCUUCAACAAGUUGGAGGCCAACCAACAACUGGUCAAUCAAAUCAAUGACCAGCUGGAUCAGUACAGUUCAGAUUUGAUGGACCUACGAGAUGCCCUGAAUGAAGCAGUAAAUAAAACCCGACAGACAGAAGAUCUCAACAGCCUGAACCGUAAUCACUUAGAGGAAACCCAGCAAAAAAGCAAGGAAAUGGAGAAACAGUAUGACACAAUCCAGAACACUUUGAGAAUGGCAAAAGACUCCUUGGGGAAGAUCUCCGAAUUUCUGCAGACGGUUAUAAAUGCAAAAGAGGCUUCAGAUGGCAGUUCUUCUUCCGGUGACCUCUGCUUGUCUGUGCUGAACCGCGUGAGGAAUGAGCUCUUCAACAAGUUGGAGGCCAACCAACAACUGGUCAAUCAAAUCAAUGACCAGCUGGAUCAGUACAGUUCAGAUUUGAUGGACCUACGAGAUGCCCUGAAUGAAGCAGUAAAUAAAACCCGACAGACAGAAGAUCUCAACAGCCUGAACCGUAAUCACUUAGAGGAAACCCAGCAAAAAAGCAAGGAAAUGGAGAAACAGUAUGACACAAUCCAGAACACUUUGAGAAUGGCUAAAGACUCCUUGGGGAAGAUUUCUGAAUUUCUGCAGACGGUUAUAAAUGCGAAAGAGGAAUCCGAGAAGUUACUAGCUCAGCUAGAUGGAGCCAGAUACCCUCUGUCCGAGAAGGCGAAGGAGUACACGUUGGCGAGCAACAAGAUCCAGAAGGUGGAGUUGGCAGAAGAACAUGCAAAGCUUCUAGAUGAACUGGCACGAAAUCUCUCCAGAACGGUGGCCGAUGCUUCUGUUAUGUUUCAGGAAUCCGAGAAGUUACUAGCUCAGCUAGAUGGAGCCAGAUACCCUCUGUCCGAGAAGGCGAAGGAGUACACGUUGGCGAGCAACAAGAUCCAGAAGGUGGAGUUGGCAGAAGAACAUGCAAAGCUUCUAGAUGAACUGGCACGAAAUCUCUCCAGCAUUAUCCAUGGCACAAACCAGGAUGGUUUUAUUCAAAGAGCCAUCAAUGCAUCCAAUGCCUACGCCAGCAUCAUUGAGGCGGUAAAGAAUGCGGAAGAGGCAGCCAGCAAAGCCAUCCAUGCUUCGGAAGAAGCUUUGAAGAACGUCCUCAGACAUAAGCUUGGCGACAGAGCAAAAGAGAUGAAGAAAGACAGCAGUGCUUUAGAAGAAGCUGUGAAGGAAGAGCAAAGGAAGCUCAGCGGAGUCAAAAGAGCAUUGGAGGCAGCCCAAAACAAAUUGGCUGGCACCCAAACCAAGAAGGAGCAACUUCUGAACCAGCUGAACUCAGCGAAGAACAAGUUGGGCAUGGUCCAUGACAAUGCAUCGGAGAAAAUCCAGAAGGCCAAAGACACAGCCUUAAAAGCCAACGAGACAGUGGCUGCAAUGGAAGGAAAAUUGAGUGACAUGAAAAAAAAUGUGGACGAGUGGAAAAAACAGUAUGGAGAUCUAAGAAGUGAAGAUCUAAAUAAAGCUACCCAUGAUGUCAAGAAUACUGUCUCAAGUCUUGAAAGCACUCUCCCAGUCCUUCUGGGAAAACUGACCAGCCUGGAAAACAGAAGAAGCCACAACGCAACUGUUUUGGACAAUAUCCUGCGGGUGCGCCAACUUAUCUCAUUGGCCCGGAAUGCUGUCAGUAAGAUUAAAGUUCCGGUAAAAUUCAAUGGCACUUCCGGUGUGCAAAUCCGGACUCCUAGCAAUCUGCAGGAUUUGGCUGCCUACACUUCCCUCAAAUUCUACAUUCAGAACCCGGACUCCAAAAAGAGAGACCAACCACAGGAUGAGUCUACACGCUUCGUGUUGUACCUGGGACAAAAGGAUGCCACUGGGGACUACAUGGGCCUCAUCCUUAAAGACCACAAAGUGGAAUGGAUUUACAAACUAGGAGACGAUGAACCGGCACAUUUGACGGUCGAUGAAGAAAUUGGAGAACAGUUUGCUGCUGUCAGCAUCAACAGGAUCUUGCAGUACGGACACAUGUCUGUGACAGUGGAGAAGCAAACCUUGCAUGAGACCAAGGGGGACAGCGUUGCCAAAGGAGAACAUGGACUGUUCAACUUCAGGCCCCAUAACACCGUUUUGUACGUGGGUGGCUACCCUUCCAGCUUCACGCCUCCUCUACCUCUGCGCUAUCCUAAUUACCGAGGCUGUAUAGAGAUGGAUUCGCUGAAUGAAGAGGUGAUGAGCUUGUACAAUUUCCAACGCACGUUCCAUCUCGACACCACGGCGGAGAGGCCUUGCACAAGAUCUAAAUCAACGGGUGAUCCCUGGCUGACUGAUGGCUCCUAUUUUGAUGGGACUGGAUAUGCGGAAAUCACCUUUGAGAGCCAGGUGGGAUCGAUCAAACGCUUUGAGCAGGAGAUGCGGUUGGUGUCCUACCAUGGGAUCAUUUUCUUCCUGAAACAUCAGGAUCACCUGCUGUGUUUGGCUAUUCGAGACGGAAAGCUGGUGCUGUAUUACGACUUUGGGGGAGGCCUGAACAUGGUGCCCCCUUCAAGGGAUCAGGCCACCCUGAUAGUCAGCAACAACGCAAACAAAGCGAUCCAGCUGUUUCUCCUCAAAAUGGGUUCCAAGGAUCGCGUUCUGGUCCGUCUGGAGCAAUCGACCGUCUUCAUGAUUGAACAAGAAAACCUUCUGCAUGGGGCCACCUCUUAUUAUUUAGGGGGCGUGCCCACUUCCAUCCUGCCCGAAAAACUGAAGAAAAUGUUCCCCAAAGGAGGCUCCAUCAGAGGUUGCAUGAAAGGACUGAAAGCUCUGGGCAAAUACGUGGACUUAAAACGCAUGAACACCAUCGGAGUGAGUUACGGCUGCACCUUGGACCUCCUGGUGGCUCGUUCUGUGAAACUUCAUGGCUCCGGCUACUUGACUCUCUCCCUGAGGAACGUCCCUCCGUUGGAAGACUUCUACACUGGUUUUAGCUUCCGUACCAGUCAGAGUCGUGGCUUGCUCUAUCACCAUGAUACAAAGGAAGGGAGCUGCCAGGUUUCCUUGCAAGAUGGCCGUGUGGCUGCCAAUGUCCUGUCCACGCAGCUUACCACCAAGAAUGCCUACGCUGACGACACCAGCCACUACGUGGCUAUCUACAGUGAUUCUGCGGGGGUCCGGAUGUAUGUAGAUGAUCAGCUUCAGGGAUCCACAGCCGGGCUGAAUCGGGAGAGGAGGCAAAAGCGUGAAGCUAAGUUGGGCGUUUUUCACCUGGGAGGUUUGCCCAACCUCAGCAACAUUGGCAACCUUACAGGCUGCAUUAGCAAUGUCUUCAUCAAGAGGAGAUUGGAAGCUCAGGCAGUUGUGGAUCUGCAGCAGAGCACCGAGAGUUUCAAUGUGACCAUGAACUGCCCCGGAGAUCGGCAACCUCAGCAGAUGAGAGCGCCAGAGAAGAAGAGCAGGUGGAAACCGAAGGUACCAAGCAAGACAAUGCUGAAGGACACAAAUUGCCACCUGCUUAAAGAGCCCAAAGCUAUUAAAGAUGCCUUCCAGUUUGGUGGAUCCCCUGUCAGCCGCUUAGAGUACAAUAAAAUACCAGGAAUUUUACAAGAAAGGUUUCAUUUCUCCCUGGAGUUGAGAUUGAACUCCUCCAGCGGGCUGCUUUUCUACAUGGCUAAUGAAUCCCUGGGCUCCCUCUUCUCCCUUUUUGUCUCCAAUGGACGCUUGGUGCUUUUGGCUGAUACCAACGGACAUAAACUGAGACUCCGGACCAAAGAAAAAUACCACGACGGCAGAUGGCACACGGUCUUCUUCAGCAGAGAUAGGAACAGAGUUCAGCUGGUCAUUGAUGGACUGAGAUCCCUGGAGAAAUUGCUGCCAACCCCUGUCAACUUUGGGAUCUCUGGCCCCUUUUAUGUGGGGGGAGCACCACUGGCCAAAGCCAAGGCUCAUAUACCAGACGCUUCUGCUAGUAGCUUUAAGGGUUGCCUCAGGCACCUAAAGCUGGACAAAAAGCCUCUAAAUUCACCCUCCCGUGUCUUCGCUGUGACCCCUUGUUAUGUGGGCCCUUUGGAAACCGGCGUUUUUUUCUCCAUUGAAGGAGGCUACAUCACACUAGAUAGGUCAGUAGCCAUCGGUCAAGACUAUGAGAUGACAUUAGAGAUACGACCCCGGAGUUCAUCUGGCCUGAUAUUUCACAUAGGAAGAAAGACAAACUAUCUCAGGCUAUCUACUGACAGCCAAAAGGUUACGCUGACCGCAAAUACAGGAACCGGAGAGUUCUCCACUUCUGUGUCCCAGCCUUCCCUCUGCGAUGGCCAAUGGCAUUCAAUCACAGUCAUCAAAGGAAGCAACAUGAUCCAACUGGAUGUGGAUACCAAGGCAAAUUACACAGUGGGUCCAAACGAAGUCCAUGGUACCUCGGACAAAGCAAGCAUUUAUCUUGGUGGGAUGCCAGAACUCCCUUCACUAUCCCAUAUGCGUCAUCCUCCGUUUGUGGGUUGCAUGAAGAAUAUGGUGAUCAACCGAAACCCAAUUGACAUCAGGCAAGCUGGCUUAGCCAGGGGCUCCGUAGGGCUCAGAGGGUGCCCGACUGGAUAACUGAAGCUUCCUGGCAGGUGCAAAGUCAGAGCCACAGAUGGGUUCGUCACCCUCCCAAAAGGCGGCGGACGCCUUCGUGAUGCAUCCCCUUGCCAACGAAAACACAGGGUUCAACAAAAAGAGUGUCUAUAGAGCAGCGGAAGAACUGUGGUGGGGUUCUGGGCUGUGUUCGUUAAUUUGUAAUAUAUUUGCACAUUUCUUCCAGUAUAUUGGCAGUAGGGUAUUUCAAACAAGGCACAUGGUGUGCGCUUUAUAAAAAUAUUUAUAAUGGGUGUUAGAAAGCCAAGGUGCUCCCUUGCACGAGUGAGACAAGUCACAGUGAUGCCUUAAGCAACAAUUUCGUCAAAAUACACAAGAACCAAGGUGUUUUAAGCUGAUCUCUACACAAUAUACAGAUUUCUUGGUGCUCUCUUAAGCUUGGUGAUGUUCCAUUAAAGCAAGGGGUCUCCAACCAUGGCAACUUUAAGACUUGUGGACCUCAACCCCCAAAGUUGAAGCUUUGCUGGCUGAGGAAUUCUGGGAGUUGAAGUCCACAAGUCUUAAAAGUUGCCAUGGUUGGAGAACCCUGCAUUAAAGUAACAUCAUUUCUGAAAACAAAGCAAGUUUGGAGAGCACCGAAGACUCCACAGUUCAACCCUGAACUGCACACAUUCCCUUCUAUUGGCAUCUGCAUGUAGGUU